AUGCACGCCUCCAGGACUCGCCUACGACCACUGCUGGUCUCACCAUGGCUCUCCCCGCCCUUCCCACGGCUCGCCACUCCCCUCUCCUCCUCCUUCUCCUCAAGCGCUCGGUCCGACUCCGACGACCGCCCUCCCUCCCGCUGGACCGGCGACCACGUGCGCUUCGCCCCUCCUCACUUUCGCCGCGAGGACUGGGGCACGCGCAAGCCCAGACGGACGGAAGAGGAGAAGAGGGCGCUGAUUCGCAAGUCGAUCGAGAAUAACAAGCCGCCCACCGAGGAGGAGUUGCAGGAGAGGCAUCAGAGGAGGAUUGCGAGGGCCGAGAGGUUGGAGAGGAUGGAUUUGACCAUGCAGUUGCGCGAGACGAAGACUUACAUGGGAGGGUUUACGCAACCCCGGCAUCUCAAGUUCCUCCAAGCGCUCGACCCAAACGUGAAGAAGCUCAAAGACUCGUACGACGUCCGCAUCGGUCCCGACCGUAUCCGCCCCGACGCCGAAGCCUACACGCCUCACACCGUCUACCUCGCCGUCACUCGCUACCCCAUUCGAUGGGGCCACGGCCGAGCGACGCGGAGGGAGGUCGUGAGCGGGUUCUGCAGGGAGGUUGAUCUGCCUGAGCGGUUCAAGAACCUCAAUUGGGGAGAGUGGAAGGAGGAGCAUAUCAACGAGGUCAAGGAGGAGUGGGGACAGCCCAAGGUCAAGUACACCAUCCCGGCGGGCUACCAUUGCCACCGCGACAGUAAGGAGUACCUCGAGCUAGCCGUCUUUCCCGGCUCGCCCGAGGAGCGCUCGCUCAAGAACCAGAACGUCUACAAGACGCUCACUUGCGUACGCAACGACCGCAAGCGCACCGAGGCGCUACUCGCGGAGAACCCGGACGCCGAGCUUGCGCCCGGAACGUCGUUCGAGGAGCUCGAGGCGUACGAGCAAGAGUUGCUCAAGCUCAUCAUCCCGCCUUCCGAGGAGGAGUUCGUCCGCCCCGAACCGCCCUACACCGACCCACCCCUCGUCGUCCCGUUCCUCACCGUCACCCUCCCUACCCGCCCCUUAGCCGCCACCGUUGCCCGACUCUGCAAAGGCUUCGAGCGUGGCCUCCCCUUCAUGGCCUCGAUCCCGAAUGAAGACCGCCGCGACGGACCCGCCCUCUUCCGUCGUCUCCUCCGCCUUCGCGCGAACCGCCUCCAGGAACUCAUCACGAUGCUCGUUGACCGCCUGAACGGUGGGACGGGCGGUUUGCUCCACUUGCGUCUGUCGGCCGACGACCGCGGACGCGGCUACGAGGGCGAGUACCUCGAGGAGGGAGUCAAGCCGCCCAAUGCGCGUGGGUGGGCCGAGUACUCCUUCCUCGACGUCAACAGUCCGGUGUGGGACGGGAUCAACCAGGAGACGUUCCUCGCGAGCUGGGCCGACAUGCCCGAGGCGACGCGUGGGCCCGACCGUAAGGAGACGACCGAGUGGGCGACGCCGCACCCGCAUGCCGACGCCAUUGCCGAGCACAACGAGCCCAAGGUGCCGGAGAACCCCGGUCGGGACAUCAUCAUGGAGAAGGAGCGGUCGAGGGCCAACUGGCUGCUCAGCGAGAAGAAGCAGGAGGAGAGUUUCAUGAGUCAGCUCACGAACGGCGGAGGGUUCGACGAGAACCUCGCCGGAACCCACCGCUUUGUCCCGCGCGACCAGCCCGACGCCGUCUUCCCCUCGUCUCCCCCGGCAGACUUCCCUCGUGCUCCGGCGCCUCAUCUCGCCCGCGACCGCGACGCCGACUCUGCGUCGUCGUCGUCCCGGCCGUCCCAGCGAGACCGCGAACGCCCGCUCGACCGCACUCCCUUCCCUCCCCGUCCUCAGCGCUUCGAUCGCGACCGCGCAUACCAGUGA